GGCGUUGUUCGUGGUAACAGACUUGAGUUAGUUCUUAUUAUUCAGUUAUUGGGAAACAUACGCAGCGUUAGACCCGACAGUAUGGCGACCCUGGAUCAGAAAUCACCCAAUGUGCUUCUCCAGAGCCUCUGCUGCAGAAUCACGGGGAAAAGCGAAGCUGAAGUUGCCCACCAGUUCCAGUAUGCAGUGCGAGUCAUUGGCAGUAACUACGCCCCCACUAUUGAACGGGAUGAGUUCCUGGUGUCAGAGAAGAUCAAGAAAGAAUUGCUGAAGCAGAGGAGAGAAGCCGACGCUGCUCUGUUCUCAGAGCUGCAUAGAAAACUUCAGACGCAGAGUGUUUUGAAGCAUCGCUGGUCUGUUCUCUACUUGCUGCUCAGUCUCUCUGAAGACCCCCGCAAACCGCCCGGCAGGGUUGGAAACUAUGGAGCACUCUUCGCCCAGGCGCUCCCCAGAGACGCCCACUCCACCCCGUUUUACUGCACCCGGCCUCAGAGCCUGGCCCUGGGCUACGGAGAGAGGAGCGCCGGGCUGUCGGCCAGCAUGGGGACCAGCGGCAUCUCCAGCCUGGGAGUGUACACACUGAACGGGCCCACAGUCACACCACAGUCACUGCUGUCUGGUCAGCCCCCUCAGUCUGCAGCCGCUCAGCCUCUGGGUGCCCGGCUGGCCUGGGCUCUUCCUGUCAGCUGUUCCUCUUCCUCUGCGUUGGCCCCUCUCGCCACUCGACCGCUCCUCGGACCUCCAGCUCCCUCCUCCAGAGUGGUCCGACCUCGCAAAGACGGCGAGGUGAGCGAGGCGGCGCUGGUGCGGGACAUCCUGUACGUCUUCCAGGGGAUCGACGGCAAGUUCAUCAAGAUGAGCGCCCAGGAGAACUGCUACAAGAUAGACAGCAAGGUGGUGCUGUGUAAAUCCCUGAGGGACACCAGCAGCCGGCUGGCAGAGCUCGGCUGGCUCCACAACAAAGUCAGGAAGUACACCGACGCCAGGAGCCUGGACCGGGCCUUCGGACUGGUCGGACAGAGCUUCUGUGCCGCGCUGCACCAGGAGCUGAAGGAGUACUACAGGCUGCUGUCCGUCCUCCACUCCCAGCUGCAGGUGGAGGAUGAGCACGGUGUGAUGGUGUGCACAGAGAGCAGUCUGACUCUCAGGAGGCUCCUGGUUUGGAUGUACGAUCCUAAAAUCCGCCUCAAAACACUGGCGGCACUCGUCGACUUCUGCCAAGGUCGGAAAGGAGGCGAGCUGGCGUCAGCAGUUCACUCUUACGGGAAGACGGGCGACCCACAGAUGAGAGCGCUGGUCCAACACAUCCUCAGCCUGGUGUCCAACCCCAUCCUCAACUUCCUGUAUCGCUGGAUCUACGACGGAGAGCUGGAAGACACCUACCACGAGUUCUUUGUAGCAUCAGAUCCCAACGUGAAGACAGACCGUCUGUGGCACGACAAGUACUCCCUCAGGAAGUCCAUGAUCCCCACGUUCAUCACCAUGGAACAGGCCAGCAAGACGCCGCCUGAGGGCCCAAUGUUCAGGAUGUCCUUCAGUCUUAAAAGGAAUCUGCUGAAGUGUCCUUGA